AUGGACCAGGGUGCACACUCUACGUCCAUUUUGCCAUCGGUUCCGUCGAACGAACGAGUUGUAUUUCAGCCAGACCUCCUUUACUGGAACAUGACCAACCUGGAUUCUGCCAAUGCAUGGGCUGCCCUUGGCCGCAAUGGGUCUAUCCUGGUGAAAAAUCCAGAACAGUACGGGCUCCUACCGGGUAUCGAAAACGAGAACGGCUAUGACGUAUUUCCUGUGUCAGUUUUUCACCAAUUACACUGUCUGAGAAUUUUGCGGGAGGGCUUUGUGGCAUUAUUAGAAGGAAAGCAGAGGCACGAUCACGUUGCUAGCCAUCCGGAUCACUGUUUUGACUACCUUCGCCAGGCCAUAAUUUGCUCUGCAGACCUCACCCUUGAGAAAGCGAGAGUUGAUGACGAUGGCCAUCGUCGUGCAACAGAUGGUUGGGGAACCGAGCACAAUUGUAAGAAGUGGAAUAAGGUGGAGCAGGUUAAGCUUGAAUACCAGUCGAAAUACGCAUUUUAA